CAAAUUCCAAGUGAUAAACCUCAAUAGAAAUAAGAAAAAAAAGACCCCGAAGUAAAUUCUCAGUUCCUCCGCGUUCCCGGAACUUGUUGUUCCGUCGGCGUGGGACCCCUUAAACGGAGUUAAUUGGUUCGCGGCUGUGAAUAGAGCGCCAUGAACGGGAACUCGUCGAGAGAGACAGAAAAAAUGCAUUAAAGGAACCCGGGUUCCGUCGAGAGGUUAUAUUUCCAGUCAAUUAUCGCCCGCGCCAAUUUUACAACGGAAAAAAUUAAUCUUUCUCCGCGAACGUGCGCCCCGACGCCCUGCCCCGCUCUCGGAGGAAGAUGACGUCAUGACGUCAUUCACUGCAACUUGACGCUAUUAUCAUUCUCGCCGGAUAGCAGGGUGUAAUCGCUGCAGUGGAAGCAGGCGAUGGUGAAGCACCCUUUCAACCUAAAAAGUUACACAGGUCGACCAUGGAAACGACGUUGAUAGAGGACGAGUGAGGCGACAGAAAAUCCUGAAUGUCGCAACCGCACCGGUGUCAAGGGAUGUGCGGAGGCGGGCGAGCCCUGACUUGCGGCUGCUUCGGGGUCCCGCAGACGGACUCGCUCGACUUCUGCCAGGGGCUGCAGGAGCCGGAGUAUCCGCGAGCGGCGUGCGCGCGCAUAGCCGGCGGCGCGUGCUCAUGCAACAAGCAACGGCAACAACAGACCACCUGCAACAACCAACGGCAACAACAGACCAGGUGCUGUCCGCAACAAACGCAAUGCAAGCGGAAGGAAGAGUGCAUCGUCUGCUACAUCCCGCAGGACGGGGCCGGACAGAACUGCUGUCGCUGUCAGCCGCGCAGGGCGUCGUGCCAGCAGCCCCAGCUACAAGCCUGCCCGUCGCAGGCCUGCGUCCAGCCGUGCCAGCCAAAACCCCGCUCGAACUCCUGUUGCUCUCGGAAGCCCCUGCUCGAGUGCAUCAAGUUCCCCAACGGCCCCGGCUGCGUGCCCAUGACCUGCGAGGCCCUGCCCAACUGCCCCAACAAGUUCAUCUGCCGCCCGCUCGAGCAGAACCCGUGUCAGCAGCGCGAGCGGCGCCAGGAGCCGUGCCAGACGCAGCCGCAGUCCUUCAUAUUUCAGCCGUGUCCGUCCAACCACAAGAGCGGCUGCAAGACGGGCUGCAAGCCGGCGGCCGCGAAACCGCUCAAACUCAUGUGUAAGAUCACGCCCAUCCCAGCGCCGAGCCCGACCGCGCCGGCUGCCGAGCCCAAGGACCUCUUCGGGAGCGCCAGACCCACGGAAGAGGCCAAGGAGGACACUUGGAGUGAGUUUAGGAGGAACCUUAACUGACAUUCAAACGAUGCGACAGAGGCCAAUCGUCCGAUCAGCGUGAUGGCUGACCUCCACGGUCCUCCGUCGCAGAUCUCCACGGAGCUUCUCGCGGCUGGUUCAAGACCCACGGAAGAGGCCAAGGAGGACAAUUGGAGUGAGUUCAGGAGGAACCUUAACUGACAUUCAAACGAUGCGACAGAGGCGGAUCGUUCAAUCAGCGUGAUGGCUUGAUCUCCACGCUCCUCCGUCGCAGAUCUCCACAGAGCUUCUGGUGGCUGGUUCAAGACCCACGGAAGAGGCCAAGAGAGACACUUGGAGUGAAUUCAGAAGGAACCUUAACUGACAUUCAAACGAUGCGACAUGGGCGGAUUCGUCCGAUCAGCGUGAUGGCUGACGGAACAUCGCGGAUCUCUAAGGAGCUUCUGGUGGCUCGUCAUUUAGGCUAAUGGGUCAGUUGCGCUGGUCAUAGAAUCGUGUUUUGAUGCUUUAUUAUUGCAGAUUAGCUAAAAAUAUAAGAAGAUCUGUCCAAACUGCAACUUUCUGCGUUGAAUAUUAACCGAGAUAUCGCGGCUUGAAAAACUCGAUUUACGACGUCUUCCAACGCGGUAAUACACAUACCAUGUUAUACACUACUGCGUUGGAUGACGUCAAAAACCCGACUUUUCAAAGGACGAUAUCUCGGUUAAUAUUCAACGUAGAAAGUUGCCGUUCGGGCAGAUUUUCUUAUUUGUAGCUAAUCUAUAGGGAACAAACAUCAAAACACGAUCCUGUUGCCAGUGCAAUUGGUCCAUUGGAUGAAUAUGGCAAUGGGUGAAUACUGGACGAUUUGGUUCAACACGGGAAAAAAAUGAAUCGCGACUCUUACAAUGCUAAAACUGGAUUCCAGGUCUUACCUGCUAUCCUAGAUGCAGGUGCAAUGUUGCUUUUAUGUCAAUGUCGCAGGCAUGACUAUGUAAUAAUAAAAAUUGAAUGCUUAAAGGGCACCGCACUGCUGUUCAAUAGGGAAAUUUUGAGCAUAUUUCACUUAUGAUCUUGAAGUUUAAAAAUUCUACCGCUUCAAUUGAAAAAAAGGGAGAAAGAAUUCUCUUUCGUAUAACUGAAAUGCCAACUUUUUGAUCUGCAUGCCAAAAGGUUUCUCCCUCUAUUCUGUUCUCUGUAUUUCAUUCACUUAAGCUAUUUUAAUUAGUUCAAGUUUACUAUGUAAUUUUGAUUUCAAAUUAUUCAAUGGCAAACUAUAUACAAGUACACGCUUGUUUCACUAUAACACUCCAUCAAACACUUUCAUGUUGAAUAAAAUCAGUACGGAAAAUUA